AAUUGGUACUCCCCUGCUAUAAAACCAGAGAGGAGGAACUCUUUGGAAGGUAGAGUUGUGAAGCUGAGUGAAGAAGGUUAUAGUGAGAGAUGGCCUUUACCGAGAUUGCUGCAAAUAAGCCUCAUGCACUUUUUGUUCCAUUUCCACUUCAAGGCCAUAUAAAAACAAUGCUUAAACUAGCAAAGAUUCUUUACUCUAGAGGUUUUCACAUUACUUUUGUCAAUACUGAGUUUAACCACAAUCGUUUUCUCCAUUCUAGAGGACCCAAUUCAAUGGAUGGCUUACCCGGCUUCCAAUUCGAAACUAUUCCUGACGGUCUUCCUCCUUCUGAUCCUGAUUCCACCCAAGAUAUACCUUCUCUUUGUGAAUCUGUCUGGAAGAAAUUCUUGCAACCGUUUGUUCAACUUGUUGCAAAGAUUAAGGAUACUGCUUCUUCCAGGAAUAUGCCUCCACUUACUUGCAUUGUUGCAGAUUGUUUCACUUCAACAUUUGCUGUGAGAGCUGCUGAAGAACUGGAACUCCCUCUUGUGUUUUUUUCCACUAUGUCUGCCUCUGCUAUCAUGGGAUUUAAACACUAUGCUGCUCUUAAAGACAAGGGUUUUAUACCGCUUAAAGAUGAGAGUUGCCUGACAAAUGGCUAUUUGGACACAACUGUGGACUGGAUUCCAGGUAUGAAAGGCAUUCGACUAAGAGAUCUUCCAAGCUUACUUCGUACAACGAAUUCAGAAGAUUUGCUCUUUAACUUUACCAUGGAAACUGCUGAGAAUUCUGUUAAGGCUUCCGCAAUCGCUAUUCAGACCUUUGAUGCACUGGAGAGAGAUGUUCUUGCUGGCUAUUCUUCUAUCUUUCCUCCUGUUUAUGCCAUUGGCCCAGUUCAGUUUCUUCUUGAUCAAAUUCGAGAUGAAAAUCUAGACUCUGUUGGAUACAACUUAUGGAAAGAAGAAGCUGAGUGUCUCCCAUGGCUAGACUCCUUCGAACCCAACUCAGUUGUUUAUGUUAAUUUCGGAAGCGUAGCUGUCAUGACCCAAGAACAACUACUUGAAUUCGGAAUGGGACUGGCUAAUAGCAAGCAUCCGUUUUUAUGGAUUAUUAGGCGGGAUUUGGUUAUUGGUGAAUCGGCGAUUUUGCCACCGGAUUUCUUUCAAGAGACUAAAGAAAGAAGUCUAAUUGCACACUGGUGUCCACAAGAAGAAGUCCUUAAUCACCCAUCAAUCGGAGGAUUCCUGACGCAUAGUGGUUGGGGUUCAACGAUGGAGAGCUUGUCGGCAGGAGUGCCUAUGCUUUGCUGGCCAUUCUUUGCAGAUCAGCCAACAAACUGUAGAUACAGUUGCAAUGAAUGGGGAGUUGGCAUGGAGAUUGAUAAUAAUGUCAAGAGAGAUGAAGUUGAGAAGCUUGUCAGGGAGCUGAUGGAGGGAGAGAAAGGUAAGGAGAUGAGGAAUAACGCCAUGGAAUGGAAAAAGUUGGCAGAAGAAGCCACUGCUCCAAAUGGUUCAUCAUCCAUGAAUUUGGAAAAAUUCAUGAAUGAAGUUCUCUUACUAAAAGAUUAGAUGUUUCUGAAUCUGAAUAAGAUUUAUCUACUAUCUUGUAAUGGAGUUGAUUUCUUAAUAACAUGUUACAUACACCACUAUGGUACUUGUGACAAAUAAUUAAGUCUCUAAUACAGAAAUUCAGUUUCACAA